AGAUAUUGCUACUUUCUGUAAGUCUCUCACAUCUUCUUCAUCAUCUACAACUCAUUUCAUCAUUCUUCCAUUAAUAAUCAAACUCAAAACAUUAACAUACAAAUUCACCGUUUCAGUUCUGUAUUCCGGUAAACAUGAAUAACCACGAAGGACAAGGAAGUACUCGUGUUGCACUCAAUGAAAGGAUUCUCAGCUCUAUGUCACGAAGAUCCGUUGCUGCUCAUCCCUGGCAUGACUUGGAAAUUGGGCCAGGUGCACCUUCAGUUUUCAACUGUGUAGUUGAAAUCGGGAAAGGUAGCAAAGUCAAGUAUGAACUUGACAAAGCAAGUGGCCUGAUCAAGGUUGAUCGGAUUCUCUACUCCUCGGUGGUUUACCCACACAACUACGGGUUCAUUCCGAGAACCAUCUGUGAAGAUAGCGAUCCCAUGGAUGUGUUGGUUUUGAUGCAGGAACCUGUGCUGCCUGGCACCUUCCUUCGCGCACGUGCUAUCGGAUUAAUGCCUAUGAUUGAUCAGGGCGAAGGGGACGACAAAAUCAUAGCAGUAUGUGCAGAUGACCCGGAAUUCCGUCACUACACCGACAUCAAAGAACUCCCGCCACAUCGUCUUGCUGAGAUCCGCCGUUUCUUCGAGGACUACAAGAAGAACGAGAACAAGUCAGUGAAAGUCAACGACUUCCUCCCUGCUGAAGAUGCGGUCAAAGCUAUCGAGUAUUCCAUGGAUCUGUAUGCCUCUUACAUUGUUGAAAGCUUGAGGCAGUGAUUGGAUUCUGUUUGUUGGUGCGGAAACAUGUAAUAUGGUACAGGACUCUCAAGAGACUUGAAAAACUUGUAAUGGGUAUUAUAAUGGAUGCAUGUGGUUAUGGUUGACAGAUUUCAAUGAUUUAUACUAUGUUGUUAUGUGUAUUAAUUUUAAUUGCAAAUUAAGUCACAAGGUUUGACCAA